UGGUCACCGAGCGUCGGGUUUUACUUCUUAUUCAGUGUUUGAGGAAGUCGGAGAGACUCUCAGGCAGAAAAUUCUCUAAUUUAUUUACUAUUUUAUUCGUGAUAUUUUAAUCCCGUGUGGUUUUAUAUGUUUAAGUGUGUAAUUCGGGACGUGGGCGGUGGUCUGUAAACUGUGCUUCUACGUAUAGUGGCUAAUAUUGUGUUACCACCCGUAAUGGGAGUUCAGUAUUGAUUAGGGAUUUCCGGAAUGUGGGUGGGUUUUUAGUGCUGGAUGUUUUGCAGACAUGGCGCCGGUUCAGGAGUGUUUCAUUUCCGCUCCGGGGAAAUCCAUCCUGCACGGAGAGCAUGCUGUCGUGCACGGGAAGCUUGCGUUGGCCGUGAGCUUGAACCUGCGCACGUAUCUGCGGCUGGAGGUCACGUCUGCAGCUGAAGUGUCCAUCAGUCUUCCCAACAUCGACACCUUCAUGUGCUGGAACGUCCGUGUGCUGAAACCGCUGCUGUCUCACCGUGAAGGUGAGUGUAGGAGCUCUACAGAUCUGGACACUGAGCUGGUGAGGAGGCUGAGGGAGUUUACAGCCAUCGCUGAUGGAUCCACAGACACCAGGAGCAUGGCGGUGCUGGCGUUCCUCUACACCUACCUGUGUGUGUUCGCCGACUCUGAAGUCUUGCCCAGUCUGAAGGUGUGUGUGUGGUCUGAGCUGCCUACAGGAGCAGGUUUGGGCUCCAGCGCUGCGUACAGUGUGUGUGUCUCUGCUGCUCUGCUCACUGCCAGAGGAACCAUCAGUUCUCCUCUUACUCAGAGCCAGCAGACAGCCAGGUGGAGUGAACAGGAGCUGGAGCUGAUCAAUAACUGGGCCUUUCAGGGUGAAAAGAUCAUACAUGGCAACCCAUCAGGAGUCGACAACGCUGUGGGAACGUGGGGGGGCUUUCUGCGGUACCACGCUGGGAAAAUUUCUCCACUGAGCAGGGUGCCCACACUGAGGAUCCUCCUCACCAACACUAAAGUACCGCGCAGCACCAAACUCCUCGUUUCCCGAGUGAAGGACAGAAUUAACCAGUACCCGUCUGUGAUGACGCCCGUGCUGGAGUCAGUGGACGCCGUGUCCCAAAUCUGUGAGCGCACACUUGCUGAGAUGGCUACAGAGGGAGCUUCAGCCGAACACUACAGCAUGCUGGAGGAUUUAAUAGACAUCAACCAGCACCACCUGAACGUUUUGGGCGUCGGUCACACGUCUCUGAACACACUGUGCCACGUCACACUCGCCCACGGCCUUCACAGUAAACUGACCGGAGCAGGGGGAGGAGGCUGCGCCAUCACACUCCUCACACCAGACACAGACGAGUCCGUGGUGCGAGACGUGAUGGAGGAGCUGAAGCAGGUCGGGUUUGACUGCUGGGAGACGAGUAUCGGAGCGCCGGGUGUCCUGAUGCACUCGCCCACCUCACUGACACACAGCGUCCUCGAAAUCCUCACCAAAUACUGAAGACCUGCUGAACACACACACACACUACAGAGGAACAUUACAGCUUCACCAACAGUAUUAUAUACAGUAUGCUAUCUGUGAUUACAGUAUUGAUGAACAGAAUGGUCACAGAUUUCAACAUUAUAUGUAAGACUCCUGAAUGACAUCCUCCAGUUUUCGCUUGCUAGCUUUGUUUAAGCAAAAAAAAACAUCACAGCUAGUGGGAUAUCUAAUGCACUGUGGGAUCUCUUACUUAUUUAAACUAACCUUAUAUUUCAAAAUAAAUCAGAUGUUUGGAUUAUCCUGACUGAUUGCAGGUGUAUUGAUGAUGAUAAUAAUGAUGAUGAUAAUAAUAAUAAUAAUAAUAAUAAUAAUAAUAAUAAUAAUAAUAAUAAUAAUAAUGUGGUAUCAUGUAUCACUUUCACAGCUGAGAGCAAUUAGCAAGUUAGCCUGAAAGACAGUAGGAACUGUGCUUUAUUAUUAUUAUUAUUAUUAUUAUUAUUAUUAUUAUUAUUAAGCUCUAGCCUAAGAUUAAAAUGAUUUCUGAGUGCUGUGCAAGUGUUCUGCAUGUCAGUUUGAAAUAUGAUUAAAUCUGAUAAGUAAAUGA